CCGACACGGGCAAGGAUGGAAUCGCCUUACACGUAGAGUCUCUAUAUGAUUGCGCCUGCUUGUAUAGAGAAAGUGCAUCCGUCUUCAGACCUGUAAUAACAAAUCAAUCCGAUCGCGCAUGAUGGACGAGGAGAAAGUGACGAAAAGCCAGGAGGCUCACCUGAGUUUACAGAAAGCCCUGCAGCAGUGCGAACUGGUGCAAAACAUGAUCGACAUCAGUAUCUCCAGCCUGGAGGGGCUCCGGACCAAAUGUGCCACAUCCAACGACCUGACGCAAAAAGAGAUCCGCACGCUUGAGGGUAAGCUGGUGAAGUAUUUUAGCAGGCAGCUCUCCUAUAAGCUAAAAGUGCCCUUACAGGAGCGGAAUGUGGAGCUGGAUGGAUUUCCUCGUCUCACACACUGGCUCCGCAUCGUCAGCAUGAGGAAGGAGGUGACAGAGGAGAUCUCUCCUGGAGAGUUGACUUUGGAGGCACUUUUAGAUAUGUCACAUGACGAGGUGUGUGAAACACUGCAGAAGUUUGGAGCGAGUGAUGAGGAAUGUGCCCGCCUCAAUGCCUCCCUCGCCUGCCUGCGCUCCGCUCACCAGUCAGAACAACUCGAGGAGGAGAAAUUGCAGAGUAAUGGAGGACCGGGCAGUGCACAAUCCAAGCAGGACUGGUCUAUCCAGUGGCCUACAUCUGAAUCAGGCAAAGAGAACACGCCAGUGGGCAUGGCUGACCCCGGGCACUGGGUGCGUCUGCAGCUGUCCCAGAGCCCCAAGCCACAGUCACGCUACACCCACACCCUGUGCCACAGCCCCGUGGCCCUGGCUCUUCCGUCAUUCUACCAAACUUCAGAGCGACUAUGUGUGGAUACCCACCUUGGACUGGCUAACACAAACAUGCUGGACAUGGGACCCCGGUCACUCCCUCCAUCGCCGAGACAGAGACACUUUCCCCACACACCCCCACGAACUCCGCUGGUGGUAAACACCAUGACUCCGCCCGGUACACCACCUCUGAGGCGGCGCAACAAGGUGAAGGCACCUGGCACACCGCCACCUGCUAACCGCAAACUUAUUCACCUGCUGCCUGGCUUUAGUGCUCUUCACCGCAGCAAGUCACAUGAGUUUCAGUUGGGCAAUCGAGUUGAUGAUGCCCACACGCCCAGAGCACGAAAGAAGACCAAGCCACUGAACCUGAAGAUCAACAGCAGUGUAGCAGGAAGCUGUGAGAACCUGCCAACCCAGCGGUCUCCUCUGCACUCAGAUCACUCGCUGCGCUCCUUUUUCUUUCCGAGCCUCGUACCUUCCACGCCGCCCGUGCAUGCAGAGACGCCCUCUGCCAACACCCUGUCUGUACCUCGCUGGUCUCCUCAGAUCCCUCGCAGAGACCUGGGCAACUCUAUUAAACACAGAUUUUCCACCAAGUACUGGAUGUCACAGACGUGUAUCGUGUGUGGGAAAGGAAUGUUAUUCGGCCUAAAGUGCAAAACCUGCAAGUUGAAGUGCCACAAUAAAUGUACCAAAGAAGCACCUCCUUGCCAUUUACUGAUUUACCAUCAAGGAGGUAAGAACUUGUUGUAUUAACCCCCUUUUAAAUAUCAAGGGACAGCACAAGCUCGUCAGCUUGUCAGGACUGAGUCGGUGCCGUGCGACAUAAACAACCCGCUCAGGUACACAGACCUGCACAUCAGCCAGACGCUGCCCAAAACCAACAGAAUCAACAAGGACCACAUUCCUGUACCCUAUCAGCCGGACUCCAGCAGUAACCCUUCAUCUACCACGUCCUCUACCCCUUCAUCUCCGGCUCCACCUCUUCCACCAAGUGCCACCCCUCCAUCACCUCUUCACCCGUCUCCUCAGAACGCCCGGCAGCCCAAACAGCCCAACCUUACAGCAUCUUAUUACUACAAAUACAAGCAGCAGUUCAUCUUUCCUGACGUGACCCCGGAGGUUCCCAACAGAGCUCCUCAGGUUAUCUUACAUCCUGUGCUGUCAGAACCUGGUAACAAAGGAAACACUCUGCUCCAGAUCGAGGUUGAGACGACUUCAGAUAAUGAGGAUGGCAACCAUGAAGCGGAGGACUCGGCGGACGAGUUUGAGGAGAUGAACCUGUCGCUCCUCUCGGCGCGUAACUUCCCACGUAAGGCGAGCCAGACCAGCAUCUUCUUGCAGGAGUGGGACAUCCCACUGGAGCAGCUGGAGAUCGGAGAGCUGAUCGGGAAAGGCUGGUUCGGCCAGGUCUACCACGGCCGAUGGCACGGAGAGGUGGCCAUCCGCCUCAUCGACAUCGAGAGGGACAACGAGGAGCAACUCAAGGCCUUCAAGCGCGAGGUGAUGGCGUACAGGAACACGCGGCAUGAGAAUGUGGUGCUCUUCAUGGGAGCAUGCAUGAGCCCACCACACCUUGCCAUCAUUACCAGUCUGUGUAAAGGCCGGACUUUAUACACUGUAAUUAGAGACGCUAAAGUCAUCCUGGACGUCAACAAGACCAGACAGAUCGCACAGGAGAUGGUUAAGGGUAUGGGCUACCUGCAUGCCAAAGGGAUUUUACACAAAGACAUGAAGUCGAAGAACGUCUUCUACGAUAACGGCAAAGUGGUCAUCACUGAUUUUGGACUUUUCACCAUAUCAGGUGUUUUACAAGCUGGCAGUAGGCGAGAGGAUAAGUUGCGGAUUCCGAGCGGUUGGCUCUGCCAUCUCGCCCCCGAGAUCAUCCGGCAGCUCUCGCCCGAGACCGCUGAGGACCAGCUCCCAUUUUCCAAACAGUCUGACGUCUUUGCAUUCGGAACAAUCUGGUAUGAGCUGCAUGCACGGGAGUGGCCAUUUAAAAACCAGCCACCUGAGGUCAUCAUAUGGCAGGUGGGCAGCGGGAUGAGACCCAACCUCACACAGAUCGGCAUGGGCAAAGAGAUAUCGGACAUUCUGCUCUUCUGUUGGGCUCACGAAUCAGAGGAGCGACCAAGCUUCUCCAAACUGGUGGAACUACUGGAAAAACUGCCCAAACGCAACCGCCGCCUCUCCCACCCCGGACACUUCUGGAAAUCAGCUGAGUAUGUCAAAUAAGAUAGGCUCUCACAAAAGGUUUAAAAAACGGUUGAGAAAUGAAACUGAAGUCCUGGAGAUGCUGUCGUUACAUGAGCAGCACCGGGACGAUCUGAAGCGCUGUAGAUUCCCUUAAAUAGUUAAAACGAUGGAUUCAUGAAGUUUCCCUACCACAUCAAUCUAUAUCGUCUCGUUUUUCUGUUCAUUAUUUAUAUUAAAGUCGUACGAUUUCUGUUUUAUUCUCUGUUCUUUUUGUUUAUUUUCUUGA